CACUCACAACAAUCCACUUGGGCUUCCAAGAAAAUGCGCAUGAGAGAGAAAGUUCGCACCAUGUUUUACCAUGCCUAUGACAACUAUAUGACUUAUGCAUUUCCGCAUGAUGAGCUAAAGCCACUCUCCAAAACGUACACUGACUCCUUAAGUGAGCUAGGAAAUUUGAAGCUUGAACAUUUACCUCAAGACUACAAUGGAUCUGCCCUUACACUUAUCGAAUCGCUGUCAAGCCUUGUUAUUAUGGGAAACAAUACUGAAUUUGAGAAGGCAGUGCUCUGGCUUUCCGAAAAUCUAAAAUUUGACGUUGACGCACGCAUAAAUCUUUUUGAGUGCAACAUAAGAGUUCUAGGAGGACUUGUCUCUGCUCAUUUACUUGCAUCUGAUUCUUCAAAGAAGUUGUUUCAAGGGACUUACAAUAAUCAGCUCCUAUUUCUGGCUGAAGAUUUAGGGAAACGCUUUCUACCGGCAUUCGAUACGCCCACUGGAUUGCCAUAUGCGUGGAUUAACUUAAAGUAUGGAGUAAUGGAGAAUGAGACUACAGAAACAAGCACUUCAGGAUGUGGUUCACUGAUUCUUGAAAUGGGUGCUUUAUCAAAAGUGACCGGUGACCCUAGGUAUGAAUCUGCAGCUUUGCGAGCCCUUCGUAAGCUAUGGAGCAUGCAGAGUUCAUUACGUUUAUUUGGAACCACAUUAGAUGUGGAAACUGGGGAAUGGAUUGAAUUUUCAUCAGGUAUUGGAGCAGGGGUUGAUUCCUUUUAUGAGUAUCUACUUAAAGCUCAUAUCCUAUUCGGGAAGGAGGACUUUUGGAGAAUGUUUAAUUCUGCUUAUGUUGCUGUGCAGAAAUAUUUCAGACAUGGUCCUUGGUAUCAUGAAGCUGAUAUGAGAACAGGAAAAGCAACUUACUGGCAGCUUACAAGUCUUCAAGCAUUUUGGCCUGGUCUACAGGUUCUUAUUGGGGAUAUCACAGCCGCCAAUUCAUCUCACCGUGAGUUCUUCCAUGUGUGGAAGAGAUUUGGUGUGCUACCUGAGCGGUAUUUGCUGGACCACCGGAUGAUUCACCCUACUGAAAAAUAUUAUCCGUUACGUCCUGAACUCGCCGAGUCAACAUUCUAUUUAUAUCAAGCAACUAAAGAUCCAUGGUAUAUUGAAGUGGGUGAAACAAUAGUUAAUUCCCUUAAUCUAUACACCAAAGUAGAAGGUGGUUUUGCAAGCGUCAAGGAUGUGACAACUAUGCAGUUGGAAGAUCAUCAACAUAGUUUUUUUCUUGCUGAAACGUGCAAAUAUUUAUAUCUCCUAUUUGAUGAUUCGUUUGUACAUGAGACUAACUAUGUAUUUACCACCGAAGGGCAUCCCCUUCCUGUACUAAACGCAUGGCAUGAGAAGCUUCCAGAAACUUAUAUUCCUACUAAUUGGACUUUCAUGAAGAGACAACCAGCAGCGAGUCGAAUCAGUUCAAUGUCUUUGCAAGUUUGCCCUGCCAUCACAUUGAAAUCAGGCCAACACAUUGAGAGUGCAUGCCACAUCCCUGAUGCGCGUAGUGAUUAUAGAUGUUUGACUGACGAAGAUUGUGGAGUCGAUUCCACGACAUGUACACGAAGAUCUUGUAGCAUGGCUGGUUAUUGUGGAUUAUGGAUCUUUUAAUCAUGGUACCUUGUUUAGUUGAUUUGUUUUAGGUACAGAAAAUGUAAGUCAGAAUCAGUAUACAAACCACUGAAACAACUAAUGAGCACCAGUUUAUGUCACAGGAGUGAGAGUUAUUUGGUAGGUACACAUUUGAUUAUUCUUUUAGCAUAUAAUAGCUUUUUAUUCGGAUUAUAUGAUGCAUUGAAUAGUUGUAUUCCUUUUCCUUAGAUCAGUUCAGCAACCAUGAUAAGGAGGAGAGAAAAUAAAAACAUCACUGGGAGAAGUUGGAUUAUGAGAAUGAGUAUACAGAAAGUGAAUAUAACAUUCUUUCUACCUAUUUCUCAUCUUUUUUAGGAUUUGUCCGUGGAUUUGAAUGAUUUGAUGUAUAUUUAUCAUUGACCAAAAGUGA